AUGGCGGAGGGUAGAAGCGAUGAGGAGGAAGAUCCAAACGACAUCAUCGUCCAUACGGCUGGAACCAUAACAUCUCCGCCGCCACUUCCCACUCUUCCAUUCGAUGUUUUCCCUGAGUUUCUCGGUAGGCUUCCCAUCAAAUUACUCGUACAACUUCGAUGCCUCUGUAAGUUUUUUUAUUCUCUUAUUGCUGAUCCAACAUUCGCAAAGAAGCACCUUCAAUUAUCAACUAAGCGCCACCACCUCAUGAUAACCUCUUGGAACAACUUGGCUGAGUUAGUUGAGUAUGUUUCUCCAAUCCCCUCGGUUUUAUCUACUUCUAUCGUUGUUACACAUACACAACUUUACCCUCCUAAUACUCUUACAAUUCGAGCUGGUUCAUAUUUGUUGUGGAAUCCUUCCAUUAGAAAGUAUACGUUACUUCCUCCUUUGGAGAAUCACAUAUGGACAUCACUAAGCUUUGGAUAUGAUCAUUUCAUUGAUAAUUAUAAGGUCGUUGUUGUUUCUUCAGAAAAAGAGGUUUUUUUUAAUACUUUGGGGGCUGAUUAUUGGAAAAGAAUAGAGGGCAUCCCACAUUAUUACGACAUAUGUGGAGUGGGAAUAUUUGUGAGUGACACUGUUAAUUGGUUGGCAAUCGAUGAAUCAAGUUCGUAUUUCAUUCUAAUUUCUCUUGAUUUCGAGGAGUCAUAUCAACAACUUUUGCUACCUGAAUCUGAGAAUGAUUCAUGGACCUUGAGUGCGGCGAGGGAUUGCUUGUGUGUCUCUCGAACUAGUGAUACAUUUAUGAAUAUUUGGAUUAUGAAGGAGUAUGGAAAUCAAGAGUCUUGGACUAAAUUGUACAUUGUUCCUAACCUACAAGAUUGGGGUUUCAUAGCCUAUAAAGAUUUAUAUAUUUCUGAGGAUGACAAAUUGCUCAUGCAUUGUUAUGUGAUGGGAAGGGAUUUGCGUUAUGGUGUAGAUGUUAUAUUGUAUGCUUAG